CGGCCCGCCGCUCAGGUCCAGGAGCGGACGGUUCCUACUGCGGCUGGGCACCGGCUUCGCUCCCCCGUUGGCCCGCGCUCCAGCUGCGCCCGGCCUGGCCCUGGCCCGGCUCGGCCCGGCCCUGGCCUCCAAGCGAAGGCGCCGCUGCCGCCUGGGCCGCUCCCAGGGCCAUGAGGAGGCGGCGGCAGCCACUGCGGCCCGCGUCAAGGUGACCGGCCGGGACUGCGGCGGCAACGAGAGCAGGCGGACUUCUCCAGACAGGUUAUGUCACCGACAGAGGCUGCCCUGAAGCUCCCUGUGGCCCGGAGACUAUGUACAAGAGGAAUGGUCUGAUGGCUAGCGUGUUGGUCACCUCUGCCACUCCACAGGGCAGCAGCAGCUCAGACUCUCUGGAGGGCCAGAGCUGCGACUAUGCCAGCAAGAGCUACGAUGCCGUUGUCUUCGAUGUCCUGAAAGUGACUCCCGAGGAGUUUGCUAGCCAGAUCACAUUAAUGGACAUACCCGUGUUCAAAGCCAUCCAGCCGGAGGAACUAGCCAGCUGUGGAUGGAGUAAGAAGGAGAAACAUAGUCUCGCUCCCAACGUCGUGGCCUUUACCCGGAGGUUUAACCAGGUCAGUUUUUGGGUUGUACGAGAAAUUCUAACAGCACAGACUUUAAAAAUAAGGGCAGAAAUCCUGAGCCAUUUUGUGAAAAUAGCCAAGAAACUUCUAGAACUCAACAACCUUCAUUCUCUCAUGUCUGUGGUGUCCGCGUUACAAAGUGCACCCAUCUUCAGGCUGACAAAAACCUGGGCUCUUUUGAAUCGAAAAGACAAGACCACCUUUGAGAAACUGGACUACCUGAUGUCUAAGGAAGAUAAUUACAAGCGGACUCGGGAAUAUAUCCGAAGCCUGAAGAUGGUUCCCAGCAUUCCUUAUCUAGGGAUCUAUCUUCUGGAUUUAAUCUACAUUGAUUCUGCAUAUCCUGCCUCAGGCAGCAUCAUGGAAAACGAACAAAGAUCCAAUCAGAUGAACAACAUUCUCCGAAUAAUUGCUGACUUACAAGUUUCCUGCAGCUACGAUCACCUCACAACCCUGCCCCACGUGCAGAAGUACCUGAAGUCUGUACGCUACAUCGAAGAGCUCCAGAAGUUUGUGGAAGACGACAACUACAAACUGUCUCUCAGAAUUGAACCAGGAAGCAGCUCCCCAAGACUAGUGUCUUCCAAGGAAGAUCUUGCAGGCCCCUCUGCCGGCUCCAGUUCUGCGAGGUUCAGCCGGCGGCCCACCUGUCCUGACGCCUCUGUUGCCGGCAGCCUCCCCACACCCCCGGUCCCGAGACACAGGAAGAGCCACAGCCUGGGCAACAAUAUGAUGUGUCAGUUGAGUGUAGUUGAGAGUAAAAGUGCAACAUUCCCAUCGGAGAAAGCGAGGCACCUGCUGGACGACAGCGUCCUAGAGUCCCGCAGCCCCCGCAGGGGCCUCGCCCUCACCUCCUCCUCUGCUGUCACCAAUGGACUCUCCCUCGGCAGUAGUGAGAGCUCAGAGUUUAGUGAAGAGAUGUCUUCAGGGCUGGAAAGCAGGGGACGUCUGUAUGCCACGCUGGGGCCCAACUGGCGGGUUCCAGUUCGGAAUUCUCCCAGAACCCGGAGCUGUGUCUACAGCCCCACCGGCCCGUGCAUCUGUACUGUGGGGAGCUCGGCAGCGGUGCCCACCAUGGAGGGGCCUCUGAGAAGGAAAACUUUGCUCAAGGAGGGACGGAAGCCCGCGCUGUCCUCGUGGACCAGGUACUGGGUCAUACUCUCAGGAUCCACCCUCCUGUACUACGGAGCCAAGUCCUUGCGGGGCACAGACAGGAAACACUACAAAUCCACACCUGGCAAAAAGGUCUCCAUUGUGGGCUGGAUGGUGCAGCUGCCCGAUGACCCCGAGCACCCGGACAUCUUCCAGCUGAAUAACCCCGACAAAGGCAAUGUUUACAAGUUCCAGACUGGUUCCCGGUUUCAUGCAAUACUGUGGCACAAGCAUUUGGAUGAUGCAUGUAAAAGCAACAGGCCUCAGGUACCUGCAAACCUUAUGUCAUUUGAAUAAGUCUCUGCAGGACUUGGUGUGACUUCAAAGGCUUCUGGGAGCCCGGCCUGGGACUGGAGGUGAAGCGCAUGUCCUGGGCACCAGCUGUUGGCCGGGGUGCUGGGACACUCACAGCUGGACUCGUGGGAACGUGGCCCAUGGCCUCAUGGUCCAGAGGGCUCUGCCGGUGCGGGGUCCACCUUCCGAGCCCCAGCAACCCUCAUGACACCCAUCUGCAGCACCACCUCACGGGGCCGCGGUCGGUCCCCAAACUGUAUACCCCACCCUCUCUCUCUGGGCCCUCGUCUGUCCACCAGCUGCUGCUGCGACCAGAGAGCAUCCAGCCCACGUUGGGUCCCCAGUGCUUUCUCCUGCACAAAACAGUGGACAGCGUGACCCUAUGUGAGGGACCGGAGGGAAGGAACAGGCUGUGGAACUGGCUUUUUACACCCCAAAUGCGCGGGGUCGCUCGCCCACAGGGCUGCCUCAGAUUUUGUACAACCCCCGAAGCGUCCUCUCCGUGUGUGUGCUGUAUACGUGUGUGUGCGAGCGAGUGUGAACUCUUCGAGAAACAUGCAUUUUGGCACAAGCCUUGUGACAUCACACACUUCAUUCUCUUUGAGGCCCUGCUUUAACCUUAAGUGACAGACUUGUCCACCGAGGAAGGUCAGAGUGAGAGCCCAGAUCCCCCUGUGUUAAGGGUCCCUCGCAUUCUUUUACUGUAAACAAACAAUGCCUUAAAUUGUGUCUUGUUUUCUGUUCCUAUCGGUGCUACUCAUCUGGAAGGCCUGCUCCCUGGGCCCCUGGGGCUCUUCCAGGCCUAGUUGCUUUUGGCUCUUCUGAGACAGGACCCGGCUUCAGGACCGUGGACUGGGCCUGCUUGCUUCCUCCCAGCCCCUCCCCGCUCUUCUUGCCCCACCCCCGCGACAGAAUGAGAAGUCGCCACGCUUUCUCCCAGCUUCUCCAGGCCGCCUGCACUCAGUGAACGGCUGCAUGGAAGCUGCUUUGCACUGACCUCUCCCCGCAGGGCAAGGCUUUGGCUUCCCUCAUCUCACCCCUUUGCCUCCACUGCCAGGGCGGGGCCGCUGGGAUUCCUGAUUACACUGGGGAGCUGAGUGACACUGAGGCCUUAGGCUUCCCCAGUCUUGCCCCCAAACACAGUCACCAGCAAGUUCUCCAUCAUCCAAGUCCAAGGGCACAAUUGUUGAUGACCAUGGUGACGAGAGCAAAGCCCUGGGGAGUGAAUGGUCUGAGCUCUGCUUUCAGUUAAGAGCUCGUCACGUGAACAACAUCUGUCAUCUGUCACUCUUUGUCCUAUUUUUAAGUGACUUUUAUUUUGCACAAAUACAUUUUUAUUUAAAAUAAUGAAUACAAUUAGCUUUAUUUAUGGUAGCUUUAUCACCAUAGCUUUCUCCCCCACCCCAUCCCUCUUCUCUUUUUUUAAUCUGGGUGUCCUGAUUCUGAGAAGCUACCCCUACCUAAAUGAUUUUUCUGAAAGAAACUGAAUUUCUGAGUCCUUGUCGCUGCCAUGGUUUCAGAGUUCAUACUAAUCAGACACCAAACUACUCUUAAGAGUUUCUGGGGAAGAUGCUUCAAAGCAACAUCUUAACCAGUAAAAUGUAAUAGGUCAAUUUUAAAACUACCAAAGGACCCACUACUGUAUUUUGAUAAAACAGUGACAGCUUUUCUGAAAAUCCAAAUGAAUUGGUGAGGAAAGUAAUUGUCAUCAGGGUCUUAUUUUGUGGUUGAGCCUUACUGUGACCAGUAACUUAACCCUCUUUUGUAGAAAAGUCUAGAAUAUUUUCGUGCCAAGAGAAACUCCAGAUGGUAAAGUUGAUGCCAUCAGGCCUUGGCCAUCGGUGCUUUGCACACCCACCCGCAGCUGGGGUCCGGAUGCAUGCACCUGAUUUGUACCAACAACAGCUCACAUUAGCGUCUAGAGGCUGGGUGAGUACACCAAACACUCCAAAGCCCACUCACCAGAACCACGCAGUGUUAACACUUUAAACUACAUUGAAUCUGAUUCUACCUGUUAAUUUAAGUCUUAAGUUUGAAUGAAAGUGCAGGACGGGGACAUCAGCUACUUAUUUUCCUUCCGUUUCUCUAUUCUUCAAACUGUCCUGGUUUUUCUGACAUGAGAUAUCAGAGACUCCAAUCCAAAAACCUCAACAUUUCAGGCUCCACUAAAUCAGGUAUUCCCUGCCCUUUACAGAUUUUUCUUGUCUUUCACAAAUGUUUUCCUCUGAGCCUGUGAAAUAGCACAAUUGCAGUUCUUUUCAAAGUGUUUAGUCUUCUCAUUAAUUGAGACUGAUCCCACAUACCCUCCCAGAAACAUUCUUAGAUUGGACUCUCCAACCUUGAACUCACCAGAAGGCUGUAAGGUACUUGGUUCUCCCAACAGGGGCUUAGGGCCAAGCAUGUGAGUUAAGUGCUGAUUGUUUUCCCAGUACUGGUUUGUCCCUCAGGCUACAGGUGAGGAGGCCUGCAAGCCUGGGACAGAGGGGCCAGGCACAGACCCCACGGGGGAAAAUCCAUGGAUGGAUUCUUACCCUAGAAAGAAGCAUUUCUUGGUUUUGCUCCUUGACUGUCCAUAGUGCACAAAUGACUGUGAAAGCAUUGAAGGUGGUAUGUCUUGCAUGUAUAUGUUGUAUCUUCUUUUUCUUAAGCAAAGAGAUCAUGGCACCCCAGAAUGAAAAUGGUAGGCUGCUGUCUCCAGACUGAAGUAUGUGGCUGGUGUCCUCAUGAUGCCCCAGGAACAGCUCAUUCACCGCUCCUGGGUGAAAUUUUCAGUCCUCUCAGUCGAACACGUUUCAAAACUCAAGAUCCGCCAAGUGCAUUCUGACAACUGAAAUACUUCGUGGAGGUUGGAUUUGGUGGAAAGCAGUAGAAAUAUCGUUCUGAGUGUGUCCAGUGGGAGAGUGUGGCCUCCCUUCCCUCCCUGAAGAAGCCCUGUCCCGACCGUGGAGCCUAAAAAGACACUUGAAAAGGGAUUCUGCUUCAGAAAGAACCCACUCUCUCUUGCCAACUGAAUUUAUAAAGCUUUUUUUUCUUUUUUUACCAGUAUGGCCAGUAUUCCUUUCAUUGUCUUCCUCCCACCUCCCAAGCCCAAGAAGUAUAUAUUUUAGGAUGCCAUUUUAGAGGUGGAAAAAUGGUCCAUGAAAACGGGAAGACAUGGGCAAGCAGGGUCCACUUUCAUUCCACAGAUGGAGUCUAGAGCUCUGGACACACAUUACUGAUGCUCAGAACCAUGUGAACAUUGCUAAAAACAGACCUAACUUAUUUCUUGUGACUUCAUAAGUUACUUUAAUCAGACUCACAUCAUACUGACAUGUUGGGUGAGUUCAUGUUUAAAAAAAAACAACUUUGAGUCCCUUUGAAAUCACAGAUUCUCUGUGUAAAGCCACCCAUUCGCCCAUUCAUUCUCACCUCUACUUCCUGUGUGCCAGGCUCUACCCAGAUAGAAAUGGCUGAGGACAAGACAAACCCAUCCCCUGCCCUUGUGGAACUGACCACUCAACGAACAAAUAGUCCUUACCAUGCCAUUUCCUCUCUCUUAGCAAGACCCUGCCUCUCUCCUAGCACUGGGUAGAAACCCUGUGCAGAUUCCUCCAGAAAGGCUUCAAAAGGCUUACCAGAAUGAACAGCCUCUUGACCUGUGGGUUCAGUUGCUGUCCUAGUGGCUGGUUGGCACAGAGCUAUGGUUGGGCACAUUGGGGACUCCGAGGUAGAACGAGAGAGUAGGAUCAGAAUGUUCGCAGUAUUUACUUCAGAGGUUUUUGGGGUUUUAAUUUCAAUGUUAAAUACAAGUACAGCAUGAGCAAGCAUUGCACUUUCUUGGGUGUUGAGAACUCGUGCCACGGACCACCUCACAGCCUGUGCUGCCCAAGCGUGGGUUCGCCGUGGGCGGCCGCGAAGUCCCUGCUCGCAGCAGCAACGCUGGGUCAUCUGUCGGUUCUAUAACCAUUAAUCUCUUUAUCCAUUUCUGAAUGACUGUGAGCAUUCCGUAAUGAAACAAUAGUAAUUAAUUUAUUAGUAUGGUAUAAUCUUUAAUAAAUUUCGUGCCAAAAUGCAUGGUUUUCCACUUAGCAUUCAAAAUGUUGCGUAGAGAGUAGUUUUCAAUUUCUUAUGUAUUCUUCCAAGUAAGUUGAAAAUCGAUUUUUACAUUUUAAUUCGUUUCUUGUUCAAUCUGUUGCACUCUCCUGGGCUGUCUUUUUUUUUCAGCAGACCUCCUGCAUGCAGUUGUGUAAGGACUUUCCCUAAUUCUUGUGAAUUGUCUCAUCCGCAGUAACCACUGGACAUCAGCCCUCUGUGGAAUUUAGAUUUUUGGUGAAGUAUUUUGUUACCUCGGUCUUGUAUCAAGUUGCUGUAUUUUUCAGCUUGUUACACUGAUAAUAAUUGUUUCACUAAUUAAAUACUUUAGUGUAUAAACAUUUUUGUUUACCUCGAAAUUAAAUGUGUUUUCCAAUGAA